AUGGCCGACAACAUACCAGUGCUUUCUCAAGACACAUCAGCCGUGCAGGACAUCGCAGCGCAGUCACACGACCAGCACCGAGAUGUCCUCCCAAGAGGCAGCGCAGAUGAUGCAGUGUCAAUCAUCCAGACAUUUCUGCUGCCCGAGUCCCACGGCAGAUGUCGCCGCUUCUGCUGCGAGUGUCUCCUCAUCGUCGGCUUCAUGCUGCCCCUGCUGGGACCCUUGCUGGGCCUCUGCGUGUUCGUCCCCUACCUCGACCUGCAAUUUGAGGAGGGAAGCGUCAUCCAGCUGGACACGCCUUGCUACGGGCCGGACCCCACUGUCUGCGACACGACGUUCAGCUUUGAUUACUACUUCUGGAACAUCACCAACCCGGUUGAAUGGAUGGCAGGCACAGAGGCACCCGUUUUUCAGGAAAUCGGGCCCUACAGCUUCCUGGUCUCAGAAUACAGGUACAACGUGAAGUUUGCAGCAGACUAUGCCAGUGUCAGCUACACAAACCACAACUUCCAGAAUUUCACUCCUGCAGACAGCUGCAGCACCUGCUCCCUAGAUGACCUCUUUGUGGGCAUCAACAGAGCAUACCUAGCAGUCAUUGCCAGCAAUGGCGGGCUCGAAGCCAACUUGCUCAUCUCAUCAGUGCCUCUGACCCUCAACUACAUUUUUGGCAACAUUGUCACCGCCAUCCAACAGCAGAACGGGACCAGCACCUUCAAUGCAAUGGCGGCAGCGUUUCAGCAGUGGGUCAAGUGCGACGUGCUGUCCCAGCCGGUGGGGGAGGAGCUGUGUGCAUGGGCAGCAGCACAGAAUGGCAGCGCUCCCGGCAGCAGUGACAUCAGCGUGGAGGCCGGCACAGCCCUGCUGAGCGCUUUUCUUGGCAACGCCUCCCGUGCUGACGCGCAGGGCUCUGAUCCGGCAGGAAGGACGGCGGUAGCCGGCUUUGCCGCAGGACCGGCACAUGCACUGGCAGCAUCAUAUGACAUCAGCAUUAGUCAGGUGCAGCUGGUGAAAGCCUACUUGCAGCAUCUCACGGCCGCCUAUGUGGCGCCGGCGUUUGCUGCCAAUGUGCUGGGCCCCCCGUUAGGUCCCAAAUCUGGGGGACUGCUUGCCGCUCGCAGUGUAGGUUGGACAGAUCCCAUUCUGGCGGCUGCCUUUGGCGCGGGCAGCCCCGCAGCAAAAGUGCGGCUGGGAUUCGCAUGGCCCAACGCCACGGCCCCAAUGGAGAUCUUCAACAAGACAGCGGCCCAGCUCUCGCACAAGGACGACGGCCUCAUCUUUGAGCGCAACAUCACCACCGGCAAGACCAAGAAGUUUGACCUCCCUCUCCAGCUGCUGUCGUAUGCGGGGCACACCGAGGUGAACGUUCUGCGUGCAAGUCCUGGCAUAGAUGAGCCGGUGGUCAAGCACGGAUCGGCGGCCGCCGCGGAUCCCGGCGCGGCGGCUGCUGGGACAAUCUCGGUGCGCGGAGCGGACGGCGGACUGGACUUUGGCCUGGGCGCCAGCCGCAGCGCGCCGCAGACCAUCUUUGACGCGACUUUCUCGCGGCCCGUCAACACCACGUUCACAGGAGAAACGAUUAAUGUAAAAGGGAUCAAGGCGAUGAAGUUUGGACUGGCCCCUCAAGCGAUGGCUUCUUGUAGUGCCAGCCCUGUCUCGGACCCUGCGCAACGCUGCAUCUACCCCGAUGCCUAUAAUGGCACCUGGAAUGUUUCGCUCACCUACGCAUCACCCACCCUCAUCACCCUGCCCCACUUCCUGGAGGCUGAUGCAGCUCUGGCUGCCAGCACGGGAGCAAAGUUUGCGCCGGACCCGGAUGAGCAUGGGUACAAGUUUGGAGUGGAGCCCGCCACCGGCCUCACAGUCUAUGGCUGGAAGGGGUUUCAGUUUGUGCACCUGGUGCGGCCGACGGAUCUGCUGUACCGGCAGCUGUGGAUGAACAGCUCGUCGGGCACCGGCGGAAUGUGGAUGCCCUCCUUCUGGGUCCGCAGCCGAUUCCAAGCCUCCGACGCCGGCGCCAAAGCUCUGGGAGGAGGCCUCGGGAUCCAGGCCCUGUUCAGGACGCUGUGGGCGCACAUAGUGCUCAUUCUGGGCGGGGUGAUGCUCUGCAUCGCUGUCUGGAACCUCCUGCUGUCAGCGCGGGCGAAGAGGGAACAUCGCUCAAUGAGGGACCGGCGCAAGAGCACGGCGCGAGCCGCAAAGCUGAGCAAGGACGAGCUGGCAGACCUGGCGCAUGCGGCCGCCGAUGAGGGAGAUGGCCCAGGGUCCGGGGGAAUCGGAGCGGCGAUCAGUGGCGGCCUAAACCGGAAGCUGUCCGGCGCGUAUUCGCGGCGCAGCAGCAGUGACGUGGCGUUCCAUGGCCGGGACGUUGAGCUGGCGCGCCACGUCAGCAGCCUGCCUCUUCUGGCCUUCCAGGAGGGCCAGGAAUUCGGCAGCGGCAGCAGCAGACACGAAAGUGACAGGACGGCUGACAAGGGGGAGAUAAUGAGCGCUCACGGCGCCGGCCGGGGGAGCGAUUACGUGGGCUGGGGAGGGAACUUCCUGACGAUGCAGAACGCGGACGAGCCGGGGCUGGGGGCCGCUGAGGUGGAGUCCCCCCUGCUGGAGCCCCCGGGGAUGGUGCAGCAGGAUGGCGGGGGGCCCACCUUGGAGUCACUCAUCAUCUUCCGCCGCCGCUCCACCACCGCUUCCUCCUGGGGGGUCCUCCCGGACGCAUUUGCUCCCUUUGCUUCCCCCUCUUCGCGCCCCUCGAAUUUCUCCCAGGUAUCGACCAGCUCCUCAGGCAAGUCCGGACAGCAGCUGGCCACAAUGACCCGCUCGAGCUCUCUUGAGGUCUCAGGAGCCUCUGAGACGCGCCGGCGCAAGUCGAAGAAGAUCUCCUGGGCUGAUUUGGACAGCCUGGAGGAGGUUUUCAGGGAGGAGCGGCGGUCAGAGGAGGACACUUCAAUUCAGGAUGAGGGGGACAAGUCAGAGAGAGCAUCAGUGGCAGAGCUGGGGCGCCUUGGAUCUUGA